UGACGCACAAGCAAAUGGCCACGCAUGGAACGUCAUCAACGCGCGCCUCACACAAACCACUAGCGGGAAUGUGACAGUUUGGGCAUCGGCGUCGAGUGAGUUUGCAUUUAAACAAAGCAGCGUGUUGCCAUGACGCAGAGAAAGCGGCUGUCCCAGGGCAAAGCGGCGUCCGCACCCCGGCGCUCUGAAACCUUGAUGGGUGAAGAAGAGGAUGAUGACAUCCCGUUCACUCAGCCAAGUACAUCACAGGUCCAGAAAGGACUGGAGAAGCUCACACCUGCACAAGUCGACCAAAAGACGGCAGAGGUGGUGCAGUACUUUCUGAUGAAGGACCAGAAAAAGAUUCCUGUACGCCGAGCAGACCUGGUGAAACAUGUGGUGAAGGAGUACAGAAACAUCUACCCUGAGAUCAUGAAGAGAACCGCACGUACCUUUGAGCAGGUAUUUGGUCUUAAACUGGUUGAAAUCGACUUUAAAAAUCAUGUGUACAUACUGAUCAAUAAACUGGAGACGCUUGAGGGAGCCCCAGUGAGGAGCCCCAGCAAUCCGAAGAUGGGCCUUCUCUUUGUGAUCCUGAGUGUCAUUUUUAUGAAGGGAGGUGCCGUCAAAGAAACCCUCGUCUGGAACACACUCAAGAAACUGCGUGUCGACCCCGGGGAGAAGCAUGAGGAGUUUGGUGAUGUUAAGCGGUUGGUCACAGAUGAGUUUGUGCGUCAGAGGUACCUGGAGUAUGUGCGAAUCCCCCACACAGAGCCGCUUGAGCAUGAGUUCCGCUGGGGCCAACGUGCCGAACUGGAGGUGUCAAAAAUCAAAAUCCUCGAGUUCAUGGGUGAGCUCCAUGACCGGGACCCCCAGAGCUGGAGCCAGCAGUACAAAGAGGCCACCACCCCCUCCUCCUCCUCCCAGCCCAGCACCAGCAGUCAGAGAUAACCCCCUGAAAACACACAUCUAUACAUUUUUGUUUUUCUCAAUUUUAUUUAUUUUGGGUGUUGAUGCUGAAGGAGAGAAGCCAUGAAUCUCCAUCCAACUCCCACUUUUUUUUCCUCUUUGUAAGUGAGUUUUUGUCUCAGUGGUGAAGCCAGAGGGAUUUCACCUCCCAGUUUGACUCGACCAAUAUUUUUUUUUUUUUUUUUUACUUUUGGUGGUAAGUGAAGAGUCAAGUUUUCCAGAUUUGCUGUGUAACAUUGCUAAACAGAUCUGUCACUUCCAAAGCCAUCAUCAAUAUAGUGUUGUAUAGGAUUUAUUUUUUUAUGUGUUGCCCGUAGGUGAUUCAGAAUAUGCUGGUAACUGUUGGUGUUUGUUUUACCCCCCUCAGUGUACCAAGCAGGUGGAGUUCUCUAACAAUAUGUUGUCAGAUACGUUCAGUCCGUCACAGAAAAUAUACUCAACUCCCUUUCAGAUCAUUUGAGAUCAUUUUCCUAUAUGUAAAACUUCACCCAUCAGGCUCCCAGAGAGUACAUCAGAGCAAACACUAAGAAGUUGUUUGACUAAGAUCUGGUUUUUGUUUUUUAUAAUCCAAAUAAAAAAUGUUCGCAAAGUGUCACAACACUUUGUGGACAUUUAUGAUUGCUUUUCAGAAAUUAUUCAUUGGUCUUUCUGUGCCACACCUUUAAUAUUGUGUAUUUCACACUCAAACACACAGUCAGUGAUCAGUUUUACUUUUAUUGCCUGGACCUUAAGGUGACAAAGUUUUUUUUUUUUUUUU